GGGGCCGGCCGGGGCAGUGGAGGACGGCGCCGGCGGCUAUCGCCAGGGGCAUGGCUCUCUUCUAGGCGAUUCACUCAGAGGCCAUGCGGAGGAUGUUGGCGUACGCCUCCGUAACUUUCAGCCUGCUGACGCUGCCGCAGCUCUGCACCAACGUCGCGGGCGAAAGGCUGCCCUCGUUCGGCGAGCCGGUGAAAAAUGUGACGGCUACUGUGGGGCGCAGAGCCACGCUGGUCUGCGUCACCGAGAACCUCAGCAGCUACAAGGUGGCCUGGGUCAAGGUGGACACGCAGACGAUCCUCACCAUCGACAGCCACGUCAUCACGCGCAACUACCAGAUCUCGCUGACCGAGUCGGACGGCCGCGUCUGGAACCUACACUUCAGCAACGUCGACCGCAACGACUCCGGCUGGUACAUGUGUCAGAUCAACACCGACCCCAUGGUCAGCCAGAUGGGAUACCUCGAGGUGGUUGAGCCGCCGGACAUCGUUUUGGAAGAGUCCUCCGAGGACAUCCUGGUGCACGAGGACUCGUCGACCCGUCUGCGCUGCGUGGCCCGCGGCUACCCGACCCCGACCAUCAGGUGGUUUCGCGAGGGUGACGCCAGUCGGCAGCUUCAUUCCAGUCCAGGAGUAACCCUCAACGGUACGGACAUCACGUUCUCGCCCGUGAGGCGGCACCACAUGGCCGUGUACCUGUGCAUCGCCUCCAACGGCUACCCUCCCUCCGUCUCCAAACGGAUUGUGCUCCAGGUCCAGUUCGCGCCGAUGGUGAACGUGUCGGCGCCGCUGCUCCGGGCGGCCAAGGGUUUGCCCGUCAGCCUGCGCUGCGACACAGAGGCGCACCCCAGAUCAGUGGCCUACUGGGUCAAGGCCAACUCCGGGGUCGUGGCCUCAGGGUCCAAGUACGAGGAGGAGGAAAUUGUGCAGGGUUACAAGCUAACCAUGCAGCUGAAGAUAUUCAAGGUGGACGGUGCCGACUUCACGUCUUACAAAUGUGUCGUGAAAAACCCACUAGGAGAAGCGGAAGGCACCAUACGCUUAGCAGAGCGUCAGCCGACGCCGGAGGAGCGGGACAUCGACACCAGCGUGGGCGAUAAGCUGUAG